GGUAACCCAACUCAACCAGCCCAGCAGCAUCUGCAACAUCCACAAUGGCCUUGCCCUUUUCUUUGCUGAUGGCCCUGGUGGUGCUCAGCUGCCAGUCCUUCCGCUCUCUGGGCUGUGAUCUGCCUCAGACCCACAGCCUGGGUCACAGGAGGGCCUUGAGGCUCCUGGCACAAAUGAGGAGAAUCUCUCCUUUCUCCUGCCUGAAGGACAGAUAUGACUUCAGAUUCACCCAAGAAGAGUUUGGUGGCAACAAGUUCCAGAAGUCUCAAGCCAUCUCCAUCCACCAUGAGAUGAUCCAGCAGACCUUCAACCUCUUCAGCACAAUGGAUUCAUCUGCUGCUUGGAAUGAGACCCUCCUAGACAGAUUCUGCACUGAACUUUAUCAGCAGCUGGAUGACCUGGAAGCCUGUGUGAUGCAGGAGGUGAAAGUGGAAGAGACGCCCCUAAUGAAUAAGGACUCUUUGCUGGCUGUGAGGAAAUACUUCCAAAGAAUCACUCUCUACCUGGAAGAGAAGAAAUACAGCCUUUGUGCCUGGGAGGUUGUCAGAGCAGAAAUCAUGAGAUCUUUCUCCUUAUCAGCAAACUUGCAAGCAAGAUUAAGGAGGGAGGAAUGAAAACUUGUUCAACAUG